AAAACCCAUUAGACGACUUUCGGAAUCCAUCACGUACAUCGAAAUGCUCAUCAGCAGGCUGGCGAGUAUCACGAACCUCCGCUCCUCAUGCCUGUCGAUGCCGUGAAGGAUGGUUCACCACCUUCGCCUCAGCAAACGAAUGGCGGCAAUUGGAAGGGAUUUGUAGCUGGUGUAUUCUCAGGCAUCACCAAGACCACUGUUGGGCAUCCUUUCGAUACAAUCAAAGUCCGUCUUCAAACCUCCAAGCAUGACCAAUUCAAAGGGCCUGUGGACGCCUUGAUGCAAACCCUUCGAAAGGAGGGUGUAAAUGGCAUAUACAAGGGCGCAACACCGCCUCUCGUCGGCUGGAUGUGCAUGGACAGUGUCAUGCUCGGCUCUCUAACAUUAUACCGUCGACUCCUGAACGAAAACGUCUUCCAACCCUACUAUGCACGUCAACACCGAACCAGCCAUCGUCAAACUUCUUCUCCUUCAUCCUCUUCCUCUUCCUCCUCCCUCGUAGAAACCAAACUCCCACCGCUCGGCCACGGCAUUGCAGGCACCCUCGCCGGCUGGACCGUAUCCUUCGUCGCCACGCCCGUAGAACACAUCAAAGCGCGCCUCCAAGUACAAUACUCAGCCUCCAAAUCCCAAAGACAAUACACCGGACCCAUUGACUGUUUCCGCAAAAUCUACACCCAACACGGCAUCCGAGGAAUCUACCACGGUCUCACCUCCACCCUCAUCCUCCGCACCUCUUUUUUCUUCUGGUGGUCCACCUACGACAUCUUCACAACCCAACUCCAACGCCGAACAGAAUUGAGCGCACCCGCCAUCAACUUCUGGGCAGGCGGAUUGUCCGCGCAGGUUUUUUGGUUGUGUAGUUAUCCCUCGGAUGUGGUGAAGCAGCGAAUCAUGACGGAUCGAUUGGAUUCCCAGAGGAAUUUUUUCUCGUGGAGGGAUGCUGCGCGGGCCGUGUAUCGGGAAAGUGGAUGGAAGGGGUAUUGGAGGGGGUUUGUGCCGUGUUUUAUGAGAGCGUUUCCGGCGAAUGCGAUGGCUUUGGUGGCUUUUGAGGGGGUGAUGAGGAUGUUGAAUAAGGAGGAGAAUGGUGGAAGAAGAAGAGAGGAGGAUUAGCAAAAUGAAGUUGUGUGUGUGUAUCUGUGUGUUUGGAGUGAGUGGAGGGGAAGAUGAUUAUUCUUCCAUGGGAACCUGGAAACUAAGUGAAAUGUAUUCUUCAUACGAAUUGGUUGUAAGAUAGUGAUGCUCUAUCGGGCGAUUUCAUCGCCGUAGAGUGGAAGUACGCGAAAACGCACCUCACUGCUAUAGAUGUUCGGGCACACUCGCCCAAAGAACCGCUCAUCCAAAUCUGAUGAUGGCUCCAAUGUAUACAUGAAAGCGGAUCUUCCCCCCUCAAUCCGCUAUGCUUGUCCUCUAUGCUAUAUGCUCAUGGUUCCCUGUUUCGAACGCCAGAACACCUCGCCAAUAUAAUAGUCACAUCAAACCAUAUCUUAAGGUGGGUACGCAACCACCCUUCACUCAUUAUAAUGAUACACAAAGUAAUUCGGAAGGCCUGACGAGCUCCAUUGUAGUCUGGACGCCAUCUUGGCGAAACCUUCCGUUUCGAUCAAGUGAUAGAAGGGAAAGGGUGGAAACAUGGCGCCAUCUCGAUGUACUUCUGCUUUGACGAGAAGUGCCGUACCGCCGACUCCGUCGAGGUUGAUGACUUUGCGUGGGUCGCCGUUGGCUUCAGCCAUGUGAGCCAUCAGUGCCCUGUACGUCGCCAUCUCCGCAUACCCUUCUAAUAUAAUAUCAUCUGGCCCCAUCUUUUCGCCUAUUGCCUGAGCAGUCGGCGAGUCUUGCCAGCUGUUGAAGUCGUAUGGUCGGACAUCUUGUGCGCCCUUCUCCUUGUUGUAGUAUCUCUGGAAGCAAUUCGGCACUAUGAUAGGCUUGUCAUGGGAAGCCAAAUCUUGGAUCAAAGUGGGCGGCGUCUCAAUGAUAUCACUGUCCAGCCAAAGCACCCACGACGUUGUCGGACCCAGCGUGGUGAAGAGCAGACUAUUCCUCGCUCUGCUCAUGGCCGCGCGACGCUCCUUCUGGGCUGCCAUGGCAUGUCGUUCGGACUCGGAUUGUGCUACCGGAGGCUCGCUGUCCUGUCUCAGGAUGGUAAUUGAGGCGAAGCGGUUCUUGUUCGUCGGCGCUUGCGUUUUGGAUAUUCUCUCCUGCAAUUGCUGUGUGGCCAGAUUGCCCUCUCUCCCUUUGGGAAUGAUGAAGCCCAACGAGAUCAAGUCAUGCGGGUAUGACAACUUGAUCAGAUUAUCCCAAUACUCCUGAUAGAAGCGCGCGAGAGGCGUCAGAAUGAGAAUAGACUCGCGGUUGCCCACGGGGUCGGAGGUGGCAGUCACGUUGUUCAUGUGGUAGUGCACGACGGGCGGCGGUGGAGCGACUUCGUUCGGGCCCAGGCUGGCAGGUUUGCGGAAGGGCAGCGAGGGCGGCGACAGCGCGUUCGAGGCUGCAUCCUUGCUCUUGAGCAGCUGGCGCGGAGCGGUGGAGAUGGAGGGCAUGGUGGUGUCGUCGCCGAAUAGGAACCAGAGGAAGCCGAUGCCCAGCAUGGCGGAGAGGAGGUAGGUGAUGGUUUGGUUCCGCCGUAGCGAGCGAGAGACGGCCA